CCGCCGGGUGAGGUCGCGGAGCUGCAGCCGGGACGAGUGCGCUCGAGGUUCCGCCUCCCGCUCGGGCCAUUGGCCGGGAAGGCGCCGGGGCUGUUGCCGAUUGGUCGCCGGGAAGUGGCGGGGGGCAGGGGCAGGAAGGGCACCGAGCCGCGGUGGCAGAAGCGAGUGAGAGAUCGCGGCCGGCGGGUGAGGCGGGGACGGCGGGGCCUGGGGCGGCCCGCGGGCUUCUCCUUCCUCCUGGAAGUACUAUGGAACCUUUGCGGCCCUGUAGAUUCGGAAGGCUUAAAUCCAAGUCUGGGACGGCUUUUUCCAUUCCAAAUGAUUUGCUGGCUUAAGCGCUUAAUUAGGAUGGCUUUUGAACAAAUUGGAUUAAACAUGGAAUCGGUGCUUUGGUCAAGCAAGCCUUAUGGUUCAUCUCGAAGUAUUGUAAGAAAAAUUGGUACUAACCUCUCUCUUAUACAGUGCCCAAGAGUUCAGUUUCAGCUUACUUCUCAUGCCACAGAAGGAAAUUAUCCUAUUUAUCAUAGAGAAGAUGCAGUGGCCUCCUUUGCAGAUGUGGGAUGGAUUGCCCAAGAAGAAGGUGAAGCCUCUACAAGGCUCAGGUCAGAAGUUUGUUCAAUACCAGCCCAGCCUCUUUCAGGUGAACUACAUCAUUCUCGAAAGUCCCCAUGCAGACAGAUGUCCUUGCAGAGCCCGCUGGAAGAAGAACCAGUGUCCAGGAGCAUGGUGACUGCAAAUGAAGAAGCUCUCCAGAAGAUUAGUGCUCUAGAAAACGAACUAGCCACCUUAAGAGCGCAAAUAGCCAAAAUUGUAAUCUUACAAGAACAACAGAACCUGACAGCAGUUGGAUCAAGUCUGGUUGCUUCAGUUGCUCUCCCUGUUGCACCUCUUCCUCCGCCACCACCUCCACCGCCGCCACCACCACUCCCUGCCCUGGGUCUACAACAGAGCAUGUCUGCUAUUGAGCUCAUUAAGGAAAGGAAAAACAAAAAAAUGAACUCUGGACACAAUCUGACAGAAAAUGGGCCAAAGAGGCCUGAAAUACCAAACAUGCUAGAAAUCCUCAAAGACAUGAACAACGUGAAACUGCGCUCAGUGAAAAGAUCAUCAGAAGGCACAAAAUCUAAAACGGUUGACCCAAAAGAUCCUGCAGCGUUAAUAGCAGAAGCGCUCAAGAGGAAAUUCGCUCAUCAAUACGAAAAUGAUAGCCAAAGUGAAACAGAAACAGUGAUUCCAAAGACUGAAACAAAGACUGAGGUAGUGAUGUUUGGACCACACAUGCUGAAGCCUACAGGAAAAAUGAAGACUUUAAUUGAAAAAUCUUAAUGUAUUAAGAUCACUACACAAAAGACUGUUAAACUGUUUUGUCUGAAAUACUUUAUGUUGCAAAUAGCACUAGAACCGAGUGGUCUCAUACAGUACAGGAAAAACCUGAUGUGAAAUGUAGAAUUGAGUCACUAAACAUGUGUGUAUGUGAUUUAUCGAGGG